AUGCAAACCGCAGUAUUUGUGUGCUUUCUAAAUUUCCUCCUUGGUGCUUCCAGCAACGUCUUGUCAAUCACGUUUGCCGAGGACGAGAGACCCUAUAACGAUUUCAUGAAUGAAACAAUCGGAACAAACGUGGAAUCCUACUGUAGAACCCAACGUUUAGAUUUGAAUCAAACUUCCCAUGGAAAUCGUUUGGUUUACAAGUGGUUCUAUGAACCCAGGACAAAAGAACUGGCGUGCGUUUGUGAGACGAAUGUCACGACAGAGAUGAACCUGUUGCUUUGGCAAGGGAAUCAUAGGUCACGAGCAAUUCCGGCAAUUCUUAAAAAUCAUUUUACUGAAGAAAAUGGCCUACCCCAAGGGUGCUUCGCAUAUGUACUGAACAUUUGGACCGAGUUGGACCCCUUGAAAACUGCUCGUAACCUAUUCUCCGGUGCCGCAAUUAGUGAUGUCGAACUGAAAGAUCCGAUAUGCGAGAAGUUAUCUAACCAAACAAAUGCUUAUGAAUGUCAAACAUUGCACUGCAAUAACAAAAAUGUAUCGUGGGAAUAUCCGGAAAACUGGAUCGGUCCAGUGCGAUAUCUCAGAAAUAUCGCUUACGAUCCGAAUAAAAUAUUUGUUCAAAUUGUCGGGAUGUAUUGGCCAGUGAAGCACUUAGCUGGUAACGCCAAACAGCUCCAUUUUUAA